AUGAAUGCGUCUAUACCGAUUCCAUCAACAACAGAAGAAGAGAUGUAUCAAACGAACUUGGCGAUUCGUGAAAGCGAGAGGGAAGCGAUGAAGAAGAAUUUAAGUCACGAUUCCCAGUAUUUUCCAAUGCCAGUCAAUAAGCCGCCUGUUAUGGUACAGCCAUCUUCGAGUUUGUAUCCUCAGCUUGAGCACCUUGGUUACGGACAAAACAGUGCAGGUACACCAAUAGCUUUUCCCAUGUUUUUUAAUCCGCAUGUAAAUUCGGCAAUCCCUGACGGAUUUAUGCCUACGGCUACGGAAGCUCAAAUGUAUCACAAUUAUAUUCCAAACAUACCGCCAGCACAAACUUUUAGUCGAGAACUGCAACCUACUGUGUUGAAUACCCACAAUAUAAAUGUUGAACACAUGUCUUGCCACAACGACUCUACUGCAUGUGCCAAUGCGUUGACAAUACCUGUUCAAGCCGACGAAAACCCACUUGAUGUGCUCACAAAAGCAAUUACAGAUACAGGGAUCUGA